AGGAAAAAAAAUGAAAAAAUUAGAAAGAAACAGAAAAAACGAGAACCAGAGCAAAUCAGGUAAGUAGGUAACUGAGUCCUGACGGUCUCCAGUAUCCAGUAGUAUCAACAAUGGUAGCUCACUCUCUCUCCAUUCUAUCUCCUCUCCCUUCAACCUCUUCCUCCUCCGCGACAACCACAACCUCUACCGCCGACUCUCUAUCUUACCCUCAAUCUAUCCACUUAUUCAAUCUCUCUCGCCGGAACCCUAAAUCUUCCUCCCACUUCCUCUCUCCUCCCCGAGCUUCCUCCACCUUUAGAACACCUCCAUCUCCGCCGCAGGAAGAUGAUUCCAUGUCUUCAUCUCCGGAACAGUUUCUUCAAAACAAUUCCAUCGCCGAUUUCAUGAGGUUUCGCAAACGCUCUGAUGGUGGUGAUGGUGAAUUGCAGACUGCUGUUGUUAGCUUCCGCAAGAAGUUCCCUUGGUCUAUUUUCCGCCCUUUCCUUAAGGUUGAUUUAGUUUCCACCAUUCACAUUGGAGAUAAAGAAUACUUUGCAAACUUGCAGAAGGAACUUGAAUCCUAUGACUGUGUCCUUUAUGAAAUGGUGGCUAGCAGAGAGAGUUUAGAAAACCGUCGAAAUGCUGCGGCUAAAACGAGGCUCAAAUCUUCCCGUUCACGAGGCUUUAAUAUUCUUGGAUUUAUUCAGAGACAGAUGGCUCGGAUUCUUAUGCUUGAUUUCCAGUUAGAUUGUCUUGAUUACCAGGCGGAGAACUGGUACCAUGCUGACUUAGAUUUUGAGACCUUCAAGGCACUUCAGAUGGAAAGAGGUGAAAGUUUCUUUACAUUUGCAAGAGAUAUGACCAUUAAAUCGACAAAAGCUUUGAUACAAACAGAAAUUCCUGAAAAUCUUGACCCUGUGAGAUCCAAGCUUUUAUGGGCAUCCCGUGUACUUCCUAUGCCACUUGUGGGCCUUCUUAUCAUUGGAGGCAUCUGUACUGAUGUUGGAGGCCAGGUAUCAGAAAACCCUGAGCUUGAUGCUUUGUCUAGGCUUGAUUUUGGUGCUGCAAUGAAGGUUUUCCUGGCAAAACGUCUUACAUCUGAGUUCACGCAAGUGACAGCAGAUGUGGAGGAAAAGUCAGUUAUAAUUGGUGAGAGAAACAAGGCAGCAAUAGAUGCACUUGAGAGUGCUAUUGAGGAGGGCAAUAAUAAGAUAGCCAUACUAUAUGGUGGUGGACACAUGCCAGAUUUAGGCAGACGGUUGAGGGAGGAAUUUGACUUGGUACCUACUCAAGUUCAAUGGGUAACUGCGUGGGCAAUAAGGAAACGAGCUUUACAAAGCAACUCGUUCCCAUUUCUCAAGACACUGGCUGAGAUCUCAGGCUGGCCAAUAAAUCGUUACCAAACCUUGGCACUCCUUAUUUUUUCCUCAGUCCUUGCUCUAGAUCUUUGGUUUUGGGAGCUAUUCUUUGGAAGUACUGCUAAUUGGAUAUCACAAAUCGCAGCAGACGCUGGACACUAUUUACACAUUUGACUGAUAAUGCCUAUUAAUAUGGCAUCGUUGAUGAUAUGAAUAUGGGUUGUUCCAUAUGUGCAUGUGUAAAUAUUGCUGUAAUUUUCAGAAGAAAUAGUGACAGUCACAUAAAACACAACUAUUCGUCUAAUGGAAGCCAAACAAUAGCAGAAUGCUAGUUUCAUUUUGAUACAUGUAUGUACAACUAUAAUGUCUUCUCCUUGUACUCUAUAAGAAUUAUUUUCAUAGUGUUUGUCUAUAAUGUAAUAAGACUACAUAUACUGGAACAUUCCCUUCUUAAUAUCAAAGCCAAUGUUCAGGGAUUUGUUAUAA